CUCCUCUUGUUUUAGCCGCUCAAUCAUUACUCCCUCCUCUUACAAAUACUUAGCACUUAACCUCCUCAAUAACACGGCUUUUUGUAAUCCAUUUUAUUUUCUUAUUGUUUCUUCCUGUCAAAGUUCAGGUCCAGCUCCAUGGCAUCUACUUCUGCUUCUAGCUGUAAUACUGGAUGUCAACCAGAGAAUGAGCAAACAAAUGCAUCUGAAGAAAUUGUUUCCUCUCCAUCUACUUCUGCUACAACCUCGGUGGGAACUCUGUUUUCAUCCUGUUUUAGCUGGUUUUCUUUCUUACUUUCUCUUUGUUCAACUCAAUCCCGUUCUGCGCCUUUUACAUCUACCUCUAGUAUUGGGGUUAGAAGUGAUUGUCAAGGGAUCACACCAUCUCCAUCCACCACACAUACCUUUGAACAAGUUACAUCAUCUCCUUCUAAUUCUAGUAGAUCCAAAAUGCCCGAAAGAAAGCUGCCCUAUGAUAUAUUUAUUAAUCAUCGUGGCCCUGAUGUGAAGGAGGGACUCGCCACCGAUCUCUAUAAAACCCUCACUGGCAUGGGAUUAAGGGUUUUUCUUGAUAAAGAAGAGCUCGAAUUGGGGGAUUUAUUGCCUGCAGAAAUAGAAGGAGCAAUGCACAGUGCUUUGCUUCAUAUAGCCAUAUUUUCCAAGAGUUAUGCACAAUCCCCAUGGUGUUUGGCAGAACUUUCAUUUAUGCUCAAGACGGGCACUCAAAUUAUUCCUAUUUUCUACCAUAUUCAGCCUGGUGACGUCCGACAUGCGAAAGGAGUCUACGCUGAGGCAUUUUCAGAGCACAAAAAGAAGGGUAGGUAUACCUCAGAAAAGCUUCAGGAGUGGAAGAACGCGCUCAACAAUGUUUCAGAUACUGUUGGUAGCAUCAUUCAUAAUGAAGAGGAUGAGGGAAGCCUGCUCAAAAAUAUUGUCAAUCGUGUGUUGAAAAUAAUAAAAAAUGUGCCAUUUGUGGUUUCCAAACAUCCGAUUGGUCUAGAAGAGACUGUGAUGGAUUUCGAGAGGAAAAUGCUUCAAUCUGCAGAAAGCUCUCCCCCUGUGCAAAUUGUGGGAAUUUGGGGCAUGGGUGGUUCUGGCAAAACCACUCUUGCUAAACAAUUAUAUAACAAUAAAUAUACAACUAUGGAAAAGUCUAGUUUUCUCUUAGAUGUCAGGGAUGCCGCUUCAAAUAAUGUGUUGCACAAUAAACAGAAAAAGCUUUUAGAGGACCUCGGUCUCCAAGGUCUAUCAAUUGAUAAUGUAGAAGAAGGGAAGGGAAUUCUUGCCAACCGCUUGAGAUCUGUUCGGGUGCUCAUCGUUCUAGAUGAUGUCAAUAAUGAAGAUCAAUUAGAUGCUCUCGUACCCAAUAAGGACAGUCUUGGAUGGGGUAGUUUGAUUCUAGUUACUACAAGAGAACUUGAAGUCCUUCAACAUUGGGGCAUCUCAUCUAUUUAUAAAAUGAAAUUAUUAGAUCCACCUCAUGCCAAGCAACUAUUUUGUUGGCAUGCUUUCUUGAAGCCUUCUCCACCGCAACAGUUUGAAGAUUUGGUUCAAUUUUUUUUAAAUGUUUGCAAUGGAUUACCAUUAUCUUUAAAGAUUUUUGGAGCACAAUUAUACGGUAAUUCAAACAGAGAUUAUUGGAAAAGUGAAUUGAAUAAGAUCUACAAAAUAUUACACAAAGAUAUUAAAGAUAGAUUGAAAAUAAGUUAUGAUGCCCUAGAUGAUGAAGAAAAGCAGAUGUUUUUGGAUACUGCAUGUUUUUUCAUUGGAGAGACAAAAAAGUUAGGUGUUGCUGCUUGGGAUGGAUCAGGGUGGAAUGGUUUGCAUAAUUGUGAAAGACUUAUUAAUAAGUGUUUUAUUGAGCUUGGUGAUGAUGACUGCAUAAGAAUGCACGACCAUUUAAGAGAUUUAGGAAGGGAAAUUGCAAAUCAUCAAUCACCCUACCGUGUUUGGUCUACCGAACAGAUUAUUAAUGUUGAAAAUGAAGCACAGAGAAUUGGAAUUCGAGGAAUAAUGACCACAACAACUGGAUCCACAAGGCAAGUGGAGGGCUUUCCUCUAUGUUCCCGGGGCAGGAAGAUCACAAUUAACACAAACAGAGGAUAUUAUACUCUCACACCCUCUUUGCUUGGAAUAAAAAUUUUUCAUGUCAGAGGAAAUUACUAUAAUCAAGUGAUUGCUGAUAUAUCUAAAGAUCUGAUAUGGCUCCGCUGGUUUGACAUUGAGCGGAACAAUCUGGAUUCACUGGGUUCAUUGAAAAAUUUGAGGGUGUUAGAAUUCUAUGAAAACCCGUUUUCAAACCAUCAGCUAGAAGAACUGUGGGUAGCUGACAGUGAUGCUCCUGUGCAGUUAAGAGAAUUGGUUAUUUCUCAAUGUGAUAAUUUCCAAAGAUUUCCAAAGUCAAUAGGAAGUCUCAAACAUUUGAAAAAGAUAGUCCUGAGAAACAUGUUUUGGAACCGGAUGGGGAGUCUGCCUAAAGAAUUUUGCCUUCUCCAAUCGUUGGAGCACCUGGAGUUAUCGGGUUGUCGACAGCUAUCAUCGCUACCCAGAGAUUUUGGCCUCUUGAGAAACCUGAGGCAUCUUGAUUUGUCCGAUAGUGAGAAUUUGAGGAGGCUGCCUGUCUCUUGUAAGGAGCUCACACUCCUGCAACACCUCAGCUUACAGGGAUGUUCUAAUCUCACCUUGGAGUCGGACAUUCUAGAAAACAUGACAAAGCUUGAGUACUUGAACCUUUCUGUCUGCCAACAAUUGAAAGAGGUGCCUCAUCACAUCAAUCACCUGAAAAAGUUGCAAGUAUUGAUGAUCGGGAGUGAGUUGCUCACAUGUUUGCCGACAUUUCUGGGAGAUUUGUCCUCCUUGACUGCUCUUGUGAUGGAGAAUUGUCCCAAGCUGCAAUUUAUACCAGACUCUCUGGGGAAUCUCAGCCUCUUACAGUCUUUAAUGAUAAUGAAUUCAGGAGUGGAAUCUUUACCAAAAUCAGUUAGGCAACUGAAUAAUCUUCAAACACUUUACAUUCAUGGGUGCCCAAUUCGCCAAUUGGAUCUCCAGGCAGGAUCGUUUGUUUCUUCUCUCUGCAACCUUAAGCUCAUAAAUUUGUUUAAAACAGAACUGCCCAAGAUUUCAAUCCAUCAGGACUGUUGUCCAGGCCUUGAGACUAUCUUCAUUGAAUAUAAUAAACAUCUAACGGAAAUACAAGUUCUACCAAGUACAGUGAAGAACAUAAGAUUGUCGGAGAGUAAAAUGCUGAGGAGUAUAAGCGGUGUUGGUGAUCUGGUAAGGCUUCAGUGGCUGAUUAUAACUGGGUGCCCCGAGCUGGAUGAGCUUCCCAGUUUUGUGCAAUUAGCUUCUCUCCGUGUAUUUGAGCUUAAAGGCUGCUACGGAGUUAAGAAAAUACAAGGUUUGGAACAUUGCAGAGCGUUGGAGGAGCUGACAGCAGAAACGAUGUGGGAGGAAGCGGGCAUAGAAAGUUUGGAGCGCAUGGAAAGAUUGAGGAUUGUGAAACUCACAGCAAUCAGCAGAUCAGCUGUCGAAGGUUGCAUUCAAAGCAUGAAGAAAUGGCCAGAUGAAAUUGUAAUAUGUACGCGGGCAGUCUCUGCCGCCGGUUCACUUGUAAACUGUGCCUUUCCCAAUCUCUCUGUGUCUGAAUGGGAUGAUAAUCAGGAUAUCAAUUCAAAUGCCCACGGAAUUCUGGUACGUUUUGUUGUAACUUGUAAAUCUCCAAAAAUGAAAUUGGCGUUAAUGGGUGAUACGGAAGAAAUAUGCUCCAUGGAGGUGAAGAAGGGUAAAUGGUUAUGGAUAGCUCUAUUCUCACAAAGAUCCAGGUUGCACAGAACACAGAAAUAUCAAAUAAAGGCAUUCCCUUCAGCAUUCUCUUCACAAGAGGAGUCGGCAAGAAGCAGAGGAAGUAUGAUGACAAUAAGCGCAACGCGGCUGGUGAGAGCAGGCAUGACGACAUGGCGAUUAUUUUCAGUUUUGAACAGUACAGGUAUCAUAAACCCUGCAGAUUGGGAUACAGCAGAGGUCAGAAUAGGCACAAUCCCUUCAUAUAAAGUGGAAAGAGGACGGGUUGUGAAAGGAGAGGUGGAGACGCUUGGGGAGGCUUUCAUCUACUUAUGCCAGCUUCUAUCAAAUUGAUAUUGCAAAAUUCAUAUCAUAUAAUAUGAAUUCAAAAUUAUUUAUUUUA